ACCGUAGAAGAAGAAGUAGCCACUGUUCUGUUAUAAUAACACGUUUCUAAUGCCGAACUGCAUACAAUGUCUUGGUUCAAAGCUGCGUCAAACGGCGUGGGCGACGUUUUCGAAGAGAACGCGGACGAACUUGGUAUUUCAAGCAAAGAAUGGGCGAACAACAUGAAGAGAAGAAUAAGAGACGGCUACGUGGACGGGGCUGAUGCUGGCGAGGACGCCGCGCUGGAAGUGGGCUUCAAGGAGGGCUUCCUGGAGGGAGCUGCCAAGACGGUGGCGGUCGGCCGACUCCGAGGGAUUGUUUGCGCAAUUGGCAGCUGGUACCAAGUAGAGCAUCAAGGCGAGCCCUUCCCCGACUCUGUUACGGACCUCCUUCAGCGCGUUUCGUUACAUGAAGACUCCAUCGUGACGGAAAUCAUGAAAGUCAUGGAGAAGCUCCCACCUCCCAGUGUGGACAAUGUGUUGGAGAGCAUGGAGGAGCUAGAGGUGGUGUGCCCGCCGGGCGGCUGCCAAAAAAGCAACUGUUGUAAAGCAGAGGAACAAAUGGACAACGAAUCUGCUCAGUGUUCAGCCAGCGGCGAUAGUUCCUCUCCCGACUGUGGAGCGCCGUUCAGCGAGCUGGUGCAGCGCUGCAGGGACAUUGUGUCAGAGUUCGGGCUGCCUCAGGAGCUGAUGGAGCACAUCAAUGAACUGGAGAAUAUUUAACCCACGCAAAUUGUGACGCAAUACUUGGACAAUAAAUAUAGUGGUUCUUCAAUUUUUGAGGGAACAAAUACGUUCACUCAACCCAUUUUUAAAAAAUUGUUUUUUUAUCCUCAACUGCUGCCCCCACGACCCGACCCCGGAUUAGGUGGUAGAUGAUGGAUGGAAAAAAAAAAAGAAAUUUCAUUGGAUCUACAUUGUGACGAUCUGCUGUCCCCUCGUGGCAGAGUGACGCAACGAAUUAAUGCAUGAAAUCAAUCCACAAACAUUCUUCACAAUGUAUUGUUUUUAACUAGUUUUCUUAUUAAAAAACACAAGGGUGUUUCUGGGCGAUCGAUUUUUACAUUCAAAUGGUUUUAGAC